AACAGACCCUCUACUUCCAAUCAUAAUGGAAAUAUGAAAGCUAAAUCACUCACUACUAUAUUCAAAAGAUCACUAUCUGACUAUGUCACGUUCCCCAUCAGAAAUUAUAACCCAGCUCCAAAUCUAAAUCUAUCAAAAGAUUCAAUAUACAAAAAUGCAAGAUUGAAAAUCCAACUAUUAAAAGCUCCUUCACAUUUCGGUCAUUUUACAAAUAGAAUGAAUAGAUUAUACAAUGAGGAUAAAUAUACUGUUAAUAUGAUCAAAAUACCCAUCAGAAUCAAUGAUUAUGGGGUUGAUAAAACUGUGGAACAAGAAUGUUUUACUGCAAGUGUAUUUGAUGGUCAUGGCGGUGAUGAAUGUUCAACUUUCCUAAGAAAUCAUUUAAAUGAACAAGUUGAAACUUUAAAACCUUCCAAAGAAGGAUUUAUGAAUCUAUUAUCAAAAUAUAAUGAAAAUAUUGGAGGUUAUUGGAAAAGAAUAUUUAGGAAAAAAAUGAUAUUUUCAAAUCAAUUGAACCAAAACAAGAUGAUAUUGAUGAUUUGAAAUUAAGAUUAA